GCCCGCGACCCGUGGCGAGUGCAGAGCCCAAGGCCCAGUGUUUGCAGCGAUUGCUAAGGGUUGGCCCAGCGUCCUCUGCGCCCUGCACGGCCACUACGCUGCCGGGAGCCCGCCGAACUCGCGCCGCCCUUUGUAACGUGCCGCACGGCCGCAACCGAUAGCACAGCCUCCUCCACUGCACCUUGCACGUCGUCGACCGCCGUGCCUCCAGGCGGCCACCACACCCCCGCCCGCACCCAGCAACACCACCGAGACCCCUCCGCGCGAGCUCUGCGAGCCGACAACACGCCCCCCGACCAGCCCCAGCGCUGACCUCGGCCAGCCAUGGACGGCGCCGGCCAGCCCAACCUGCGCGUUACCAUUAUCGCUGCAGAUGGCCUCUACAAGCGCGAUGUCUUCCGCUUCCCGGAUCCAUUUGCCGUCGCCACGAUCAGCGGCGAACAGACGCGGACGACGAGCGUGAUCAAGAAGACGCUGAACCCCUACUGGAACGAGAGCUUCGACAUGCGCGUCACCGAAGACAGCGUGCUCGCGGUUCAAAUCUUUGACCAGAAGAAGUUCAAGAAGAAGGACCAGGGCUUUCUGGGCGUCAUCAACGUGCGCAUCGGGAGUGUCAUUGACCUGGACGCGGGCGGCGAUGAAAUGCUCACCCGCGACCUCAAGAAGUCCAACGACAAUAUGGUCGUCCACGGUAAACUCAUCCUCAACUUGUCGACCAACCUGAGCCAGCCCAUCAGCCAGGGCGGCCAGAACACCAACCGCCCACCAAUCUCCGCACACUCUUCGGUCAACGGUGCCCCGCCGCCCGUUGCGUCCACCCAGCACCAGUCUACCCAGAACCUCCACCCCGACAUGUACCCCGGCCAGCGGCCUGCGCUGCCCUCCCAACCGCCGUCCCAGCGACUUAGCCAGCCUACCCCGCAGCCCCCGACCGCCGCACCACCGUCCAUGAACGGCGCACCCGCGCCCGCUCAGAAUCGCGGCUACAGCGCAUUCGAGGACUCGCAGGGACGCUUGCCGCCUGGAUGGGAACGUAGAGAGGAUCAUUUGGGGAGGACGUACUAUGUCGACCACAAUACCAGGCAGACUACCUGGAUACGGCCAGGUGCUGGCUUCAACGAGGCUGACAACAGGACGCAAAUGGCCGCCCAGACCCAGCAGGAGCGAACUCGACACCAGAAUCGAAUGUUGCCCGAGGACCGCACUGGUGCGAACUCACCGACUCUUUCGGAACGCCAGCCUUCACCGGGAGGUACCUCCGCGAAUGCUGUCAGCAUGAUGGCUACGGGUGCAACCACUGCGGGAACCGGAGAGCUUCCGUCAGGCUGGGAGCAGCGACACACUCCAGAAGGACGGCCGUACUUUGUUGAUCAUAACACGCGUACAACCACGUGGGUGGACCCGCGUCGCCAGCAGUACAUCCGCAUGUACGGCGGGCAAAAUGCCAACAACAGCACCAUCCAACAGCAGCCUGUGUCGCAACUUGGACCGCUGCCGUCAGGAUGGGAAAUGCGCCUCACCAACACCGCUCGCGUCUACUUUGUCGACCACAACACGAAGACUACGACAUGGGACGACCCACGACUGCCUUCUUCGCUCGACCAAAACGUACCGCAGUAUAAGCGUGAUUUCCGCCGCAAGUUGAUUUACUUCCGAUCGCAACCAGCACUGCGCAUUGUUAGUGGACAGUGCCACGUCAAGGUUCGAAGAACGCAUAUCUUUGAAGAUUCAUAUCACGAGAUAAUGCGGCAGAGCGCGGCUGAUCUGAAGAAGAGACUAAUGAUCAAGUUCGAUGGAGAAGACGGUCUGGAUUACGGAGGUCUUUCCCGAGAAUUUUUCUUCUUGCUUUCGCACGAAAUGUUCAACCCCUUCUACUGCCUUUUCGAAUACUCCGCACACGACAACUACACUCUCCAGAUUAAUCCCCACUCCGGUAUCAACCCCGAACAUUUGAACUACUUCAAAUUCAUUGGUCGCGUGGUCGGCUUGGCCAUUUUCCACCGCCGCUUUUUGGAUGCAUUCUUCAUUGGAGCGUUUUACAAGAUGAUUCUGAGGAAAAAGGUCGCGCUGGGCGAUAUGGAGGGUGUGGAUGCGGAUUUCCACCGCAACUUGGAGUGGAUGCUUAACAACGACAUCACUGAUGCGCUCGAGCUCACGUUCUCCACGGAUGACGAGCGGUUCGGCGAGACGGUCAGCAUCGAGUUGAAGCCCGGCGGCGAGGACAUCGAAGUCACCAACGAGAACAAGAAGGAAUAUGUUGAUCUCAUCACCGAGUGGCGCAUCCAGAAGCGCGUCGAGGAGCAGUUCAACGCCUUCAUCUCGGGCUUCCACGAGCUGAUCCCCGCGGACCUGGUCAAUGUCUUCGACGAGCGUGAGCUCGAACUGCUGAUUGGCGGUAUCGCAGACAUCGACGUCGAGGACUGGAAGAAGCACACCGACUACCGUGGCUACACGGAGAACGACGAAGUUGUGCAGCAUUUCUGGAAGUGCAUUCGCAGCUGGGAUGCUGAGCAGAAGUCGCGCCUGUUGCAAUUUGCAACCGGUACCUCGCGCAUUCCUGUCAACGGAUUCAAGGAUCUGCAGGGAAGCGACGGGCCAAGGAGAUUCACGAUUGAGAAGGCGGGCGAACCGACGCAGCUGCCCAAGUCGCAUACUUGCUUCAACCGUCUUGAUUUGCCGCCGUACAAGUCGUUUGAGCAGCUCAAUGGGAAGCUUACGAUUGCUGUCGAGGAGACUGUGGGAUUCGGGCAGGAGUAGGGUGUUUGUGUGAUGGACGACGGACGGGGGCGCUUGGGGGUUGUACGGUGCUGCGUAAGCGCAUCGAGCGAGGAAACGAGCAGCAGGACGGAGAAGGGAGAGGAGGAGGAAGCGGCAUCGUGUACAAAAAGCACGUCGAUGAGAGAAACGCACGCAUCAGUGCCCAGGGCUACAUAUAUCUUUUUUACGUAUCUUUUUGGGGCGCUGUCUGAUGCGGACGAGGAGUCUGCUUGUCAUGUCAUGUUGAAACUUGAAAAUCAAAGGUUCUUGAGCAAAUACGAAC